CUAUGGUUUUUUUUUUUCUUCCUCACUUCACACCAGUGACAACAAUAUUUUAUUAUGUUAGCAUAUGAAUGAAUAUAUAAAUGCAUACACACAUAUAAUAAGACCAUAUAUGGUUGGUAGCAUUUCAAAGAUAGGUUUGCAACUAUGGCUGAAUCAGACAAUGAGUCAGGAGGUGGUCAAACAGGUUGCAGAGAGCAAGAUAGGUUUCUUCCAAUAGCAAACGUGAGUAGGAUCAUGAAAAAGGCUUUACCAGCAAACGCAAAGAUCUCAAAAGAAGCAAAAGAAACAGUACAAGAGUGUGUAUCAGAGUUUAUCAGUUUCAUAACUGGAGAAGCUUCUGAUAAGUGUCAGAAAGAGAAGAGGAAAACAAUCAACGGUGAUGAUCUUCUUUGGGCUAUGACAACUCUUGGAUUUGAAGAUUAUGUUGAGCCACUCAAGAUUUAUUUGAGUAAGUAUAGGGAGAUGGAAGGAGAGAAGAGUGCUAUGAUUGGUAGGAGUGAUCAGAGAGAUGGGAAUGUUGGUGAGGGUAGUGGUGGAGUUUAUGGUCAUGGAGUUGGAGUUCCAUCUUCUAUGAUGAUGAUGAUGGGACAUAAUAUGUAUGGAUCUGGGAGUGGAUCGCCAUCUUCUGGAAGGAGUACUCGAUAGCAGAGACUAAUCUCUCGAGUCAGAUAAGAUCAUAAUGAGCAGAAAACUUCUGUCUUAAGAAUACGAACUCAAAAUCUAUAAUUAAACCGAAAGAAAUCGGAGUCAUCUCAUCUAAAUACUCUUGGCUAGACAACAGGUUUAUGUAUGCAUAUGUUUGAUAUAAAUUCAUCUAUUUUUUUUUUUAAUUUAGAGUACCCUAGAUAUAUUGUUGCAAUUUAAUUUGUUGUUGAGGGUACAGUGAAACAUUAUGGAUGGUGGUUUGGAAUUAAUGCAAAAAGUAUUUUUCUUUUUA